AACGCGACAUGUUUGUUGGGUUUAAUCCGGAGGAAACACUGCAGAGUCUGGUAAUUCACAAUUGUACCGAUGCCAAUUUGGGAGAUGAUGAAAUACUUAACAAGUGCAAGGAAAUGCUUAUAAAUAUUGCGUCCGCAGAUGGAAUCGUGAGAUCAAGGAAUUCCGGACUAUCCAUUGAUAUUAUGGAAGUCAAUCGUUGGAGAGAUGCCUAUUUCCACGAUCAACAUCAUGAAAAUUUAAUUCCCCAACAUCAAUCUUUGAUAGCUUAUUUAGAAAAUAGCUUAACAGACAUUCUCAAUAAUGUGUAUACUUUUGAGGAAAUCGUCACUCAGGAGGUACUAUGGUGCCUACUUAGCAUGAAGUUUCCUUCCACUUCAGAAUCUGUGGACUAUAUAAAGCUGCUGGUUGAACAAAUUCCUAAACAUGAAGAGUUCCUUGACUGUCUAAAAACAAGGACUUUUGAGUGGCUCGACGAAAAAGUUUCUGAAGAAUGGACCUUAGAAGUUGCCUCAAAUAAGACAGACUUAUAUUUAUAUUCCUCAUUCUUCGUGUCAUUGCAAACAUACAUUCGGAAUAAGGUUCGAGAGCCAAUUUCCAAAUUGCUCUGUGUUACGGAGCGAUUGUCCGGGCUUUCCCCAUUAUUCCACGAUCGUAACAUCGAUGACUUGUAUGUUGGCGACGAACGAUCAGAUGAUUUAUUUGAAUUUUGGAAGCAAAUAUUCAUGAAUUCUAAAAUCGUCGACAUAGAAUAUUUAUCUAGUCCAAAGCCGGAUAUAUAUCAGAUACCAACAAAGCAACGUGGUAACAAAUUUCCAUUCUCGACAUAUUUCAUCGAUCAGAUAAACAAGUUCAAAAGGUUGUAUCAGGAGGAUCGAACAAUCUUGGAGGAAGAUGAAAAAAAUUACGAUGAAACAGGAGAGCUAAGAACUGAUGUCAUCGAGAAUUGCGUCGAAAGGUUUACGGAAAACGUUUGCUCCGUGAUUCCUUCAUUGAAGUCACCGAAACUUUUUGAGGAACCAGAAAUUUACUUCAAGGAUUUUGUUUCAGCCGUCUUACCCAAAUUCGGAAAAGACAACGGAAAUGUUAAAUUAUUCGAAUGGCUUAUCCUUUAUCAUCUAAACCAACAAAUUCCCAACCCGGUUAGACUUCACGUCUUUUGGUGGGAAAAUUCCGAAUCAGUACUUGCAGAACUACAGUUAAUGUUGAUGUGUCCAGAGGUCGUAAAGAUCAUAACUUCCGCGAAGACUGCUGAGAUUACUGAUUAUGACUUUGAAGCUUAUUUGCUGGAAGAAAUUGUCAACAUUUUUAUGAAACGGAUUGGUUUAAUUAAUACUAAUCGGGCAAUCGAGCGCACACUUCACAUCUGGCAAAGAGACGUGACCAAUAUUCUGUCUUUAGCUACAAAGCUGUCAACCAAUGUGUUUGUGAAUCCAUCAUUACAAAGAUUACGCAUUUAUAAUGAUUUGUCAAAAUCUCUCGAGCUGCAAGAUUUGCUAGAAAUUAGAAGAAUAGAAAUUGAUGAGGGAAGUAGAGAAAUGCUUUCAGAGCGACUCAUUGACAAUGUCUUCAAGAGAUUGGCCGGAUAUAAAGAUGAUGAAGUCGUUCAGUCCUCUCAAAGAUCAUUUAUUAAUAGAUGCCUUAACACACUUUCGAAUGAAUCACCCGUUCGACUAUUCCUCUACACAAAGAUACUUUCUCCGGAUCCUCUUCCCUUAUCAUUUUCCAUCGUUCAUCGUAUAUUUAAUACUGAGCAUCAGGAAAAUGAAGAUGUUUUCUUUGAAUUGAUAAAAAAUCCUCUUGAGGUCUUAAAAUAUUCAGAACGGUUGCAGCUAAUCAACGACAUUCUGGAAAAAGAUGUCGACUCUCCUAUCGCUUGUUUAUGUACUGACGUUCUUCAAAUUCAAUUCUUUGGCGACUUUGGUAUUGGAAAAUUAUCACAAUAUUUCUUGAAAGCGACCGAAGUUCUAAUCACAACCGACGUUAAACCGCUGCAGCUGAUAUCAGCAAUUGCCCUUCUAAAAUCCUUUGGAACUGCUUUUUGGGAAUCAGCAAGGUCACUCAAAAACUCCUUAAAUAAUCCAAUUUCAUUCUUGUUUGAGGAUGCAGAUUAUAUGGUCGAAGUAGAUCUCGAAGAUAUUAACAAAAGAAUGGAUGCACCACACCCUCUAAUUCACUCAUUCCUUCUUUAUUUACUCAAAAUUUUAAAGACCUCUCAAGGAUUUUCUAUGGACGAUGUUAAACGUUUUUGCAAUAUAAAUAGGGAACUAUUGCCUUGGCUUGGUGGAAUAGCGUGGACGGUAAAAGAUAUGGGACGAAUGGACUUCAUACCGUAUUGGUAUAUUGAACAAUAUAAUCAAGCGGAGCAUGCAGCAAAUAGGAUAAUCUCGCGUGGUGACGAGACAUCCAUGACAAAUCUAUUGAAGACGAUAAAUAACGUGAACGAAAAGGAUGUUGUCAAUCUCCGAAUAUCAUUUUCCGGGAUGAUCAUGACAAAGCUUUACCUUGUAAGGGCAUCACGAGAUUGGAAUCAAGCCGAGACAAUACUAGCACAAAAAACACGCAAUGCCUUGGAAAAAACGACACUCCCGAAAUUUUAUAAGGAGAUUUUAACGAAAUUCCUCAAAAAUGAACAUCCGCUAAUCAAGCUUUCUGUUAAUGAUGGGAAUUCGAAAUUGUAUAUUUGUUCGGUUAUUUCUCAUGUGAUAUCGGUAUGCCUAUCUUUACCUCAAAAUUCUUCCCCGUUAGCAUGUUACUUGCAAAACCUGCAAGACUGUCAAAACACCUUCAUUCUUACGUGUCCUUCGGAUGAGCAAACUGUCAUUUUGAAUGCAUUAAUGGAGCAAGUCGGGGAUUGUGGCAACGUUACUGUGGCAAGCACAUGCCCGCAAUGUAAGAAAACGAUCGGUGGACAAGCUUACAAUGCACCUGCUCCUGGUAACAAUCGGUUGGAUGCAAUACCAAUGACUCAGACAGUUAAUGCCAAAGCCCAAGCAGGUUAUUUGAUUGAAACGAGAAAAACUGAAGAUAAUUAUAGCGUUCGUCAGAUGUCACCCGCCUCUUAUCGAGUCCUUCACUUAUUUGUUCAUGCCAUUAUUGGUAUACUUGCGCCCUCACAGAUUGUCACCAAAUUUGUUAAUGGUCAGACAAAUAAAGGUACGAAUAUAGCUGAUGCCGUUCAAUAUUGCCAAAGGCACAUUAAUAAUGACUGGGCGGCGUUAAAGAACAUCCUCGCAUGCGGAGACGAACAGUUAGCCCUAGUAUUACAUUCGAUCCUUUCUCAUAUGGCACAAGUGCCACUUAAAGGUGUUGUAACGAAACUUAGGACUUCGGUCGAUCGUGAUGAUUGGGAAAAGAACUUCAGCACGCAAUAUGCAUCUCCUUUUGUUAAAAAUGCCAUGGGAACUGCGGCAGAAUUUCGCAAAAUGCUGGAGGCGAAGUCGGAAAGUGCUCAAAUCAAAAUUGAAACAGAAAUAAAUGAAGUCAUGAAGAGACAGGAGGCUCGUAGCUUGUCUUUUAGAAAUUUCAUUACCAAGGAAUGUAAUGAUGACAACUCUGGUGAAUCUCGGCGUUUAUUGGAUACUGCAUUUAUGGCAUUCACUGAUGCAUGGAACGCAUUGAUUCCUCAUGUCAAAAGGUAUAAAUGUCAGACUCUGCAUAAGGCACUUCCAAAGAUGACGGAGAAUCUUCCGGUUGUUUACGGAUUAGUUGAGCCAGUCGAUGAAUCAGUAUAUCUUUGUGCCAUCCUAGAUUUUUUGGUUCAGUUGCAAAAUAAUUUCUUGAAAGAUGUUAUUGAGAUCUCUCCGGGGAAAUGUCAAUCCCUUAAAUUUUUAGAACACCAUUCAAAUGCGAAAGUGGAAUACCACCUCCAAUCGAUAAGACUCGACAGCAGUAAGGCCGCGCAUAUCGUCUUAUACAAUGAUGUAACUGAAAUCUUUAAAUAUAGUCAAUUUGAUCUGAGAAUAGGUCACGGACAGGAGAUUUCUUAUGACUUGUUUAAGAUAGAGGCAGAACUGGCUCAUUUAUUGGUCUAUGAGAAGGCGUUUAUCGAACAAGAUGAACAAGAAUUGCACAUGGAUCGAUUCUCAUAUCAUAAAGAAUUGUUCCAAGGCUCCAUGACCAUUUUGAGCGAAAUCAAAGCUUUGGUGACUCAAGAAAAUAUCCCUGAAGACAAAAAGAUGCUAUUUAUCGGGAAUUCAAAAAAUUCGUAUGGAUUAAACCAUCAGGAAAAUUUCGAACUAUCAUUGGGAAUGGAGAAUCCCAAGAAGCUAUUGUCUGCGCUAGAAAUGAUUAUCUGUUUCUUGAAGCGAACUUCUGGUGGAGAUUGUGAAAUGCUAAUUACAGAUUACAUCGAGAAAUGGAUGAAACUCACCGUAUUAAAGGAUGACGAUACAAGCUAUAAAUUGUUAAAAAGAUCAGGCCUGCAACUCAAGCAUGUGGUGGCAUUAUACGAAUUGGUUGAGGAACACGUAGCAGAUGUUGUCGCUACUUGCAUUCAUCCAAAAUAUCAAGCAAAAUUAAACGAUUUAAUUGAGCAAGAAAUCAUGGAGGUUACCAGCUUUGAUCAACAGGAAGAAGAACCACUUAUUGGUGGUAGCAGUAGAAGUAUUAAUUCGAGAAUUCCGGCUGAAGCAUUUGUAACAGCAUUGAAAAGGUUCAUUUUGAGGCACCUAUCUAUUGGUGAAAGUAUUGUUGAAACAAUACCUCUUUCGAGUUAUCUGGUUCAAGAGGAAGCGCUUGAAUGUUGGCCUGACACGGUUAGCCAAGACGUUCUUCAAUCCAAGUUCCCGACUUCACUAUUGAUUUCUCAUACCCUUGAAGCCUAUAUAUUUGUCAAAGAAGAGCUUAAGAAUAUUCAAUCCAGGAAGCAGCGUAAAACUGAAGAAAAGGAGGCCCAAAAUAAAAAUAGACGCACGAAAAGUAUUAAGGGUAAAGGCAAAUCGCAAUAUGAUUUCAUGUAG